GAAAAACUAGUGAUCGUAUUUAGUAAUUUAGCAAGGAGCUACAUAGUUACAAGUUGUAAUGCAACUUGAACUUGUACUUUGUAGAAGUUACUGUUAGAGAAAUGCGAAUAAUUUGAUAGUUUAAAACCCGUAUUUAAUUUAAGUGUGCUGUUUAAGUAAUGAUGCUUCAGAAUACAGGAAAGUAUAGAUCUGAUCGUACAUUCGGCGGAUCGGAUGGAGGAAAGAGAGCGGAGGAACGUGGUGUGAAAGAAGACUCGUCGGAGCAGCGCCUACAGAAGGCUGUACUAGAUGAUGAGAUUGAUGCAAGGUUUGGAUUUGAGCGAUACAAGGAUCCGGUGGAAAUUGUCGGAUGGCUUGUCAACAUGCAUCCAGCUGACAUUUUGAAUGAGGACAAGCGACUCAUUAGUGCCGUUGAUUAUUACUUCUUUCAAGAUGAUGGAAGCAGAUUUAAGGUCUCCAUGCCCUAUAGGCCAUAUAUGUAUGUCCUUCCCAAGAAGGACUGUGAACGAGAAGUUGCAUCAUAUCUGACAAGAAAAUAUGGCAAUGCUAUUGCUAGUGUUGAGCCAGUACAGAAAGAGGAUUUGGAUCUGCCAAAUCAUCUAGUGGGUCUGAAGCAAGCAUACCUGAAACUGUCCUUUCUAAGCAUCACAGACCUUACCAAUGUCAAGCAGAAGAUCAUGCCUGCUGUACGCAAAAACAAGGAGCGAGAAAAGUCUAGCAAUCCAUACGCUGCAUUGCUGGCAAGUAAUUAUGGCGGUGCUGAUGAUGGAGUCUCGAAAAACAUCGCAGAUCAACUUGACAAUAUAAUCGAUAUCAGAGAGUACGAUGUGCCAUAUCACGUGCGUGUUUCCAUUGAUCUGAAGAUAUUUGUUGGACAUUGGUACUCUGUAAAACCGAGAGGGUCUAAGCCACCAGAGAUAGUGCCCAGAGAAGACUUGGUUGAUCGUCCUGAUCUUGUGGUGUUGGCAUACGACAUCGAAUGCUCCAAGCUGCCACUAAAAUUCCCAGAUGCAGCAUCCGACCAGAUCAUCAUGAUCUCCUACAUGAUCGAUGGUCAGGGGUACCUCAUCACCAACCGAGAGAUCAUCUCAGCAGAUGUCGAAGAUUUUGAAUUCACACCCAAGCCUGAGUAUGAAGGACAUUUCACUAUUUUCAAUGAACCGGACGAACUGUCGAUGAUACAGAAGUUUAUCGACCAUAUUAUCGAAACAAAGCCUGUCAUCAUAGUCACGUAUAAUGGAGACUCAUUUGACUGGCCCUUUGUAGAAACGAGAGCUGCAAUCCAUGGGAUUGACCUAUCUAGAGAGAUCGGCUUUAGCAAGGAUGGCCAGGCAGAGUUUAAGUCACGGCAGACUAUUCACAUGGAUGCAUACAAAUGGGUGAAAAGAGACAGCUACUUACCAGUUGGAAGUCAGAAUCUCAAGGCUGUUGCUCAGGCCAAACUCAGGUACGAUCCUGUAGAAUUGGACCCCGAAGAGAUGUGUAGGCUAGCCGCUGAAGAGCCACAAGUUCUUGCCAAUUACUCUGUGUCCGACGCUGUGGCGACGUACUACCUGUACAUGAAAUAUGUGCACCCCUUCAUCUUUGCACUGUGCACUAUAAUCCCCAUGGAGCCAGAUGAGGUGCUGAGGAAGGGCUCGGGCACGCUGUGUGAGGCACUGCUAAUGGUGCAGGCCUUCCACGCCAACAUCGUCUUCCCGAACAAGCAGGAGACGGUGCUGAGCAAGUUCACGAGCGAUGGACACCUGCUCGACCACGAAACGUAUGUCGGAGGUCACGUGGAGGCACUCGAGGAGGGGCUGUUUCGUGCUGACAUACCCUGCAGGUUUAGAAUGGUGCCAGAUGCAUUUCAGGGUCUGUUGGAUAGUGUUGAAAGAACCAUGCGUCAUGCAAUAGAGGAGGAAGAAAAAGUUCCACUAGAUACAGUUACAAACUGUUCUCAGGUGUGUAAGGAAAUAAGUGGUCAGCUCACCAGCUUAAGAGACACGCCCAACAGAUUGGAGAACCCAAUUAUUUAUCAUCUGGAUGUUGGUGCAAUGUACCCCAACAUUAUUCUUACAAAUAGACUGCAGCCUUCUGCCAUCGUGGAUGAAGCUACGUGUGCUGCUUGUGACUUUAACAAGCCGGGUGCGCAGUGCCAGCGUGAGAUGGCAUGGACCUGGCGAGGGGACUUCAUGCCUGCCAGUAGGAAUGAGUAUCACCGAAUUCAACAGCAGCUCGAAAACGAGAAGUUUCCGCCGUUCUUUCCUGGUGGCGCACAGAGGGCGUUUCACCAGCUGUCUAAACUUGAUCAGUCAGCUCAGGAGAAGAAACGACUUUCGGAGUACUGUCGCAAAGCGUACAAGAAGGCGAAAGUGACCCGAGAAGAGCCCAGAGUCUCCACCGUGUGCCAGAGGGAGAAUUCCUUCUACGUCGAUACGGUGCGAGCGUUCCGCGAUCGCAGAUACCAGUUCAAGGCUCUCUUGAAGGUCUGGAAGAAGAAGGUAGCAGCAGCAAUGGAGAAGAAUGAUGCGGCCGAGAUCAAAAGUUCGAGAGCAAAAGAGGUUCUAUAUGACUCUCUGCAGCUGGCUCACAAAUGUAUUCUCAACUCUUUCUACGGUUACGUGAUGCGAAAGGGCUCCCGCUGGUACAGCAUGGAAAUGGCCGGUGUCGUGUGCCUCACUGGUGCCAGAAUCAUCACCAAAGCAAGAGAACUCAUCGAGCAGAUCGGACGACCUUUGGAGCUUGACACUGAUGGAAUCUGGUGUGUUCUGCCCGCGUCGUUUCCGGAAAACUACGUUAUAAAGACCACCAAUACCAAAAAAUCCGUCACGAUCUCUUAUCCUGGUGCUAUGCUGAACUUGAUGGUGAAGGAUGACUACACCAAUCAUCAGUACCAGGAGCUGGAAGACCCUGCGACUCUCUCCUACAGCACACGCAGUGAGAACUCGAUCUUUUUCGAGGUAGACGGGCCGUAUCUGGCGAUGAUCCUGCCUGCAUCUAAGGAGGAGGGCAAGAGACUGAAGAAAAGAUAUGCGGUGUUCAAUUUUGAUGGUUCUUUGGCCGAGCUCAAAGGAUUCGAAAUAAAGCGCAGAGGUGAACUUCAACUGAUUAAGAUUUUUCAGUCGUCGGUAUUUGAGGCCUUCCUGAAGGGCAAGACCUUGGAAGAUGUCUAUCAAAAUGUAGCAAAAGUUGCCGAUUACUGGCUGGAUGUUCUCUUCAGCAAGGCUUCUAACAUGCCAGAUUCCGAACUCUUUGACUUGAUAUCAGAGAAUCGUAACAUGUCGAGAAAACUGGAAGAUUACGGUGCGCUAAAGUCGACUUCAAUCUCAACAGCCAAGAGACUUGCUGAGUUCUUAGGAGAUCAGAUGGUGAAAGAUGCUGGUUUGAGUUGCCGAUUCAUUAUCUCUAAAAAGCCGGAGGGAGCUCCCGUCACCGAGCGAGCAAUUCCACUGGCGAUUUUCCAAGCAGAGCCAGGUGUGAAAAAGCAUUACCUUCGUAAGUGGCUAAAAGCAUCGGCCAUGAUCGAUUUCGACAUCCGAGCUAUUCUAGACUGGGAUUACUACAUUGAGCGGAUAGGCAGUGCCAUACAGAAAAUCAUCACCAUCCCAGCUGCUCUACAGCAUGUCCCAAACCCUGUUCCCAGGGUGCCUCACCCAGAGUGGCUUCAUAAGAGGCUGAUGGAGAAGAAUGAUGUCUUCAAGCAGCGGAAGAUCAGCGAUAUAUUCUCGGUCAAAGAAAGACCAGCAGAGGGCGAUAGUGGCACGGCUGAUGUUGCUGACAUUGAGGAUGUGCUGGGUACUCCGCGCAAGCCUCCCGCUGUGCCUGUGGUCUCCGUGUCGCAGAAACGUAAGAGAAACGACGAUGGUGAGUCACAAGAGGACCUGAGUAAAUCCUGGAGGAUUACACUGGGAUCACCGCCUCGCCUCGGCACUCAGGCAGAGCGAAUAAUUUGGAUCACAUUCCAAAAGAAGAAGUGGGCCCUCCAGCUGAGGCAACGUGCCGAGCGAAAUAAGAAACGCCGUCUGGCGGCAGGUGAUGCGGUUGCUACCGGUAACGUAGUGAGACACAGCACAGGGACAGGCAUGCACGGUUUCAUUCGUCGUACAGCUAGGGCUGUGGUUGACUUACCCUGGCAGAUCAUACAGAUUGCUGAGACGGGUCAGCCAGGUCAGUACAAAGUGUGGGCUCUGAUCGGCACUGAUCUACAUGCCAUCAAGCUCAAUGUUCCUCGGCUGUUCUACGUCAACCAGAGAACAGCGAAGGAAGGAGAGGGAGAAAUGUGGAGAAAAGUAAACAAGAUCCUGCCCAGGUGUAAUCCCGUGCUCAAUCUAUACGAGUAUUCAGUGCCUGAAGAUAUAUACCAGCAGCACAUCAAUGAGAUCAGCACUGACCUGUCCUCGCCUGACACGGAGGGGGUGUACGAGACGCAGGUACCGAUGCUGUUCCGCACGCUGGUCAGACUCGGCUGCGUGUGCAUGGUCAGCAGGCAGCACUCAAAGUACAUGUCAGCCAGGGACGUAGACACGUUUGAGAUAGACCAGCUGGAGUUCAAGACUCUGGCUCAGCACAGCUACCUAGAGCCUGGGAGCAUCAAACAUAUUUACUUCUACCAGUAUACACAAGGCCACAAGUCUUUGCUCGGGCUGUUCUUCCCAAUGUGGAAGAAGGCGUAUGCGUUUGUCGUGGACACAGUCAGGACCAACCAGAUGCCUAACCUCACAACACUCUACAGCAGUGAAAGAAACACCAAGCUCGCGAAAGGAACGGCGGAGGAGCUGCUGCCACCUGGCGACCACACGUACGAGGUUCGCGUCGAGACGGAGAUGCGGCACGUCCAUCGCGCCGUGCACCGCCACCUGACGGCCUACAAGGACGAAAAGCGCGGUCCGACCGUCAUCGCCGUGCAGUCCCAGCAGGACUUUGCGCAUCUUACAGCUUCCAUGCCCGUCAUGGCCGACUUUCCCCUGGUGCCGGUCAACGUUACCGAUGGAGAUGGAUUAUACAGUGUGCUGGACUGGCAAAGAGUUGGUGCAAAAAGAAUGAUCCAACACUAUUUGAACGUGGAUUACAUACUCAGCCUCAUGACAGAACAGUGUCGAUACCUCCACAUUCCCAUCGGCAAUAUGCCAAAGGACACUGCGCUCUUUGCGGCAGAUCUGUUCUUCACUCGACACUUGCGAAAGCACAACCACAUCCUGUGGGCAUCCCCGACCGAAAGACCAGAUCUCGGGGGCAAGGAGAAUGAUGACAACAGGCUGAUUUCUGACUUGGAUGAGAAGACCAGUGUGGAGAUUAACCAGCCCGGCUUCUAUCAGACCAUAUGUGUAGAACUGGAAAUCAACAGUCUGGCAGUGAACUCACUCUUGCAGUCACAACACGUGAAUGACUUUGAAGGGACGUCAGCCGGCGUGAGCUUUGACAUGAUACCACAAGCUUCCAUAGAGGACAUGGUGGCGGGAGGAAGUAGCGUGGCGAACCUAGCUGCUUACGAUGAGACUGCACUAUGUUCAAUAGCAUUCAGAAUAAUGAAGAUGAUGGUGCAGACAUGGUUGCGAGAGGUGUCGACGUACGAGAACAUCUUCGCUGAUCAUCAGCUCAUGCAUUUCUACAGAUGGCUGAGAAAUCCAAGUGCAAUGCUGUAUGAUCCAGCCCUACACAGAACUCUGCAUGGCAUGAUGGUGAAGUUCUUCAUGCAGUUGGUGGCUGAGUUUAAACGCCUUGGUUCGACGAUCGUCUACGCCAACUUCAACCGCGUGAUCAUCUGCACGAAGAAGCGUAACCGGCAGGACGCGAUGGUGUACGUCGACUACAUUGUUAACAGCAUCCGCUCACGCGACCUCUUCCACAGCAUCGACAUCCAGCUACAGGGCUGCUGGGACGUGCUCAUGUGGCUCGACCCGACAAACCAUGGUGGAAUAAGGGGAAAGCUGCCCGAGGAUGAGGGAGAAACCAAGCUGAAUAACGAGGAAGAAGAAGAAGGAAUGGGAGUAGCACUCUCACAGAACUCGAAUACUGAAGAGGAGGGGCCAGAGGUAGAGAUGAACUGGAACAUUGCCAACUACCUUCCAGAAGAAUGUGCUUGUCAAACGAAUUACAAUAUCGUAAUUGGAGGCUACAUAGUAGAAGUGUAUCAGCAUGGCCAGAAGGAACUGCGUCAAAUCACACCUGGAAAUACACCUGUAAGGAGAAAACGAGCAACACAGUCCCAGAACAUCGAUAACACGACAACUCCUAGCACUGUGAGCUUCUCACAGGAGUUAAUCUCUGAAGAAAUGACUCAGCGCCUGUUUUCCAUGACUCAAAAAAUACAGAAGAAACUAUCUGGUAGUCAUGACGACAUGCAAGACGUUUUCCCCAAAUUACCGGGGUCCCAUCUUACUGACCUCAAGUCUCCAGCACUAGAAUUUGUCAAGGCAAUAUGUCAGGUGCUAUCAUUGGAUGCGAGCAUUGUAAACCAGGUGACAAAGAUGAGGCGAGAUCUACUGAAGCUGGUUGGUGUCGGGGAGUUCUCUGAUGAAGCCAUAUUCAGGGAUCCCUGCCUAUCCUAUGUGCUGCCAGAGGUUAUCUGCAAAGUGUGCAAUCACUGUAGAGACUUGGACUUGUGUAGAGAUCCUUAUUUGCUACAGGAUGGAAGCAACACUGUGGCGUGGCAGUGCAUACAGUGUCACAGUGAAUACGACCGCAAUGCGAUAGAACAGGCUCUCAUUGACGCUGUACAGAGCAAGUCUAUGGGCUUCGUUCUACAGGAUCUGAAAUGCAUCAAGUGCAAUGCAGUGAAACAGCUGAAUAUGUCGUACUACUGCGAGUGUGCAGGUGACUUCACACACACUGUCUCACAGAAAGACUUUACAAUAAGAAUGAGAACAUUCCAUAACAUUGCCAGGUACUACAACAUGGAGUUGCUGAAGGAGACACUCGAUUGGAUUACGGUUAUGAACCCCAGUCUGCAGAAUUAACAACAGUAGCAGCAUCACCAUAUAUUGUAACAUUACUGGCUACUGCAUAGAGUGAUUACUGAUUGUACUGUAGUAUAGUCAUGUUUUAAAAUUAUUAGCAGGGGUCUGAUAAAAAAAAUUCUGUAUAUAUAUACUGUAGUAGUUGAAAGAACAAAAAACAUUUGAUAUUUACACAAAUGUGAUUUUUCUUAUGUACAGCAGUGACAGUAACCAAUUAUUGUAUGUGUACAUAAAAAUGAUUCCAUGAAUGUUCAGGAAGCUAAAAGCUUCAUGAAAGCUUUCUCACUUCAUAAUCCUGUGUGUGUGCUGUAGCAAAUGAUGUUGUCAUAGAGCGGAUUACAAGGGAAGUGGCAUUAGCUUCUUGCACAUAAGAGAAAAAAAAAGAAUAAAUUAGUUCAGAGAAAGGUAUACAUUGUAAAAACCACCUUUGUUGAGAGAAUAUAAUCAAACACUUUGUAUUUAAUUAUGCAAUUUUCAAUCGUCAUAAUUAACAAUGCAUGCUCACAACAAUAUAAAAAAUUUACUGUUUCAGAGAA